AGCUACCCACCGGUGCCUGGAAGCAGCCAGAAGAAGGACGGGAGCGGUCAUGGCAGUUUCAGGGCAGACAUGUGCGCAGACGCCGUCGAGGACGACGAAUCCAGGGGGCGUGUGCGCCUGAGGGCUUUACAUGAGUAGAAGAACGAACACUGGGAGGGCGGAUCCUCUCGUCGGAAUGCGAUGGGGAGUCUGGUCCAGCAGCAGCAGGGGCAGCCAACAUCGGUGCUGCAAAUCGGACCGUCGAUGAGUUUGGUCAUGCGCUUGCUUUCUCCGUCGUCUGAACGACAGACAUUUGCGUGAGAAUAGUGUGAGCAGCGAGUUGGCGCAACGAGGAAGUGCUCGGAGGAAGAAGGGAGAAGUAAGUGAGUCGGGAGGGAGGAUUAUGAAGCGGAGGAGGAUUGGGGUGUGGGAAGGGGGAGGUGCAGGUGCAGGUGGUGUGGAGAGCCGGUGCAGCCAGAACUACAGCGGCGAUUUUUUCUUGAUUAGGGCAGGGAGGCGGAAAUUCUGCGGCCCCGGUUGUACAGACGAUUUCGGUCUUGUUGUAUGAAUAGCUUUUGGGCUAGUGCCAGCGUGUGCGUGGAAGCGCGCAUUGGACUCUCGGACGGUUCUCGAUGGCGAACGCCGGAAUUGGUAGAGGCAAUGGCAACAAGCCUUUGGAUAUGAGGCUCGUAGACAACUUGGACGUAGAUGAAGAGCCUCCGCAGCUCGAAUUUGUAGUUGAUGAUGAUUUUGAAGAGCUUCCUCCAGCUGAGCGUAAGCAUAAGAAAAUGCCACAACAUGAGCUCGAAGACAAAAUCAAGCGGUUUAAAACCCAUCUCGUUUCGUUGCACUUGCCCGACAAAGGAAACUCUCUUCGCAAGUCACUGUUUGAGUUUGAGCAGGAGCUGAGGAUUAGGAACAUCGAGAAGAAAAGACACGAGGUUUCACAGAAGAAGGCUAAAGCUGACGAGAAGCAAGCAGUAGUGAAGGUAGCGCCUUCAAAAGCACCUGAGACAAAGCUUGCCUCAAAACAUCAUGGCUCAAAUGGAGUUGUUGAGGAGCCGGAGAGGAGAGUCAUCAGAACACGGGCAAUCACCCUUAAGAAGAUGGUGGAGACGUUAUCAUCAAAGACAGAUGAGAAUGCAAAUAGAGGCUGUACAAGCAGUGGGUCCCCGUACAGUGAAGAAAUCGAUUUUCCCCAUUCGGCCAGAGGGAAGGGACCUCCUGUGCAGCGCCCGUCCAUUGCUGAGGACUCUUCCUAUGAUAGAGUGAAGAAUAAGACCAGAGCUAACUCCGGUGAGCAAGCCGGACCAUCUUCUAGACAGGAACGAUCUGGCCAGUUAAAGCCCUGCAAUGGAUGCGAUAGGAUGGUGAGCCCGACCAAUCUUCAUUCUAUCGGAACAGGAGUUGACUGCGAAGUAUACUGCCCUUCUUGUAGCCAGAAGCUUUUUCCUCUCAACGGUUCCCUCUUGCACUCCUCAAAACAUGGACAGUUAAGCAACUCUUCUGAAUCGUCUGAUGAUGACUCGCUUAAACAGUCUAAUGGUGCUAAAAGACGUCGGCAUAGUCCUAACACUGAAGAGCCUGCGGGUCCAGUUGUGGAAAUUUUUUCUUCCGAUGAGGAAGACAACGAUACAGGCGAUAUGAGUGCUGUUUUUCAGCCCUUGCAUAUAGAUCAACAAAAAGGCUGUGCACUUCGUAGUACAAAUGGACGCAGGAUGGAAGAUGUUAAGCUGGCCUAUCCAUCUAAGGAAGACCCUGAAGCGGUGGAAGUUGAAUAUCAAGACCUUGGACGGCUUGCACCUCUGGAGUUCCUUAAUGACACUAUCAUCGAUUUUUACAUUAAGUACAUGCAGAGACCAGAAUUUUUGAGUUCUGAACAGAAGAAGAGGUUUCACUUCUUUAACAGUUUCUUUUAUAAGAAGCUUUCUGAGACUGCUAAUACACAGCAGCACAGCAAAAAACAGGGUGCUGAUCUAUCAAAGCUGAGGAAGUGGACCAAAGGGACAAACGUGUUCGAGAAAGAUUAUCUCUUUGUUCCUAUACAUGACAAAUUUCAUUGGAGUCUAGCUAUCAUCUGCCAUCCUGGUGUAAAGAAUGACGAUAGCGACUCGGUACGAUGCAUUCUCCAUCUGGAUUCCAUGAAUCCAGGCCACAAGAGUGCCGGCGUUUUCAGGUUGUUGAAAAUGUAUAUGGUGACCGAAUGGGCUCACCAAGCCGAAGAGGAUGGGAAUGGAGGCCCGCGUCAAGGCAUCUCAAUGGAAUUUACCACAAAGAAAGUACUGGUCCCGCAACAAGAUAACGAGUCUGACUGCGGCCUCUUUCUUCUACAUUACAUACAGUGUUUCCUACAAGAAGCGCCUGCAAGGUUCACACGAAAUGAUUUGGAGAGCAGCAAUCGGUUUGGGCGGAACUGGUUCAAACCCAGCAAAGCUUCGCAGCUGAGGCAGGAGAUUUUGGAUAUACUCGAGAGAUUGUUCGAAGAACGUGGAGCUCAAGAUAGCCGCAACAAGGAACCUAUCGAGGUUAUGCCUGACAACUUGGAGCCAAAAUAACAUGGCUGUUUGUUAUCAGCAUUCUGCAGAUUCGCCAAUUGAUUAUUUGCAAGUUUGUGGUAAUGAUUUCGAUAAUUUGGGGAUAGCGCCGGAGGAAACGCAGAUCCUUCAGAGAGCGACAGAACAUCCAGAGUACGCUCACUCUCCAGGUCAGUCUUCAACAGAAUACGUGAGUGUCGAGUCAUCACCCUCACCAGAUGAACCAACUCACUAUGGCAGUGAACUUGGUCAUAGGAGUGGAUACAUGAGCAACGAAUUAUAUCCCGGGGAUUCCACUUCAUGCCGUCCAACCAACGCUGCAUCGAGUGAAAAGGCUGCGUUCGAUUCUGAGCCAAACUCCCCGCUUUUUAUAACUGAUGAAAGUUUACAAGUCUAUGUCGAACUUGGGGACGUGAAGAAAAUUGACGAUGACUGGGAGCUAAAGAGACCAGAUCUCUGAAAGGGCUUGUAUUUGUGUUGUCCUUUUGAUUUUGACAUUACGUCAGCAUUGCUCACGAGAAGUGCAGUGCAUCUGCGUAUUCCACUGUUCGUAGCUUCCUAUCCUCGCAGCCAAGAUGUAGUUCCGAGAUCUGUGCUUUCGAGAGCGCUGGAACCUGUAUAUUGAGGACUGGACACUUGAACGCAAGAAUUUAAUGUCCAGAGAACAACAUGCUAGGAGCACCAUAAAUGUCGCACGUUGGCAAUCAAAAGCUGGUCAUGGAUCCCUUGUAAAGUCGAGAGAGGCGAAACGUUGAUAAGCCUAAGGCAAGUAGAGAUGUACCAUUGGUCCCUGAUCAAACAGGAAGACGAGGAGGUUAACCAUUCGCAUGGUCAACUUUAUAGUUUUGUUUCGGUAUUGAAGAUGAGUAAGUUGACAAACCUUGUAAGUAAAAAGGACGGCAGAAAUUAGUCAUGGGCAAUCCUUCUUUGCUCCGUGUGAGAAUGUACCCUACUUAUAAAGCUCGCCUUAACCAUUGUG